UCAGGAGAGAACAAGCUAGCUAGCGCCUCCGGUUAGCCGCCGCUUGUCAGUUUAUUGUUCCCCGACAAGUUCGCAGCGAGACACCCGCGAGCCCCGGGGCGAGAGGAGCGUUGCAUUGUGGGGUCGCGAGGUGGACCCGGAGGUGCGUUGUUGUGUGUUCGCGGUGGUCGGGUCAUGCAUUUCAUCACUGGAGCGACGCACAAACUUCGCUAACUCCAGCUAGCAUGUCGCUGCUGUGUUGUUGUUAAUCCUCCAGCUCGACUCGGCGCUGCUGCUGCUGCCAUACUCCUGUGCUGAAUCAUGAUCUGUGCUCGGUGUCCCUGCUCGGCAGGCCAAGCCAGUGCAAGAUGCAUCCCAAAAGAACUCUGAGAUGGAUGAAUCCUGGGACUCUCCCAGUGAGGAAGAGGAAGCUCUGUAUGGCGCAUCACCUCCUUAUAACCCCCGUCAGAUGAAACGCAUGUCUGGCAAACAUCAGAGGAACAGCCAAGCAAAGACUUCUGGACGAUCUCCCAACAAGGCCGACCUUACCCCACCUGUUGUGAAAGAGGGUCCCAGGCCAGUGGAAACCCCAGAAGAACCCAACUACAAGCACGGCAAGAAGCAGAGGGCCACACUGCGCUCCACAGAGAGAGACCACAAGAAGACAUUUGAAGGCUCCUUCAUGCUGGAUCCACUCUCAAAGUCCAGCCCUUUCAGUGCCCUCAACAUGGAUCCAAGGAAGCAUUACUUGAGCUUAGGCUGCAGCAGUGGCAAACUGCCAGUGUCUAUGCCCCAUAUUGCCCGGACCCACCGACAGACCUCCAGGACUGACUGCCCUGCCGACCGCCUCAAGUUCUUUGAAACUCUGCGCCUGCUGCUAAAGCUCACGUCUAUGUCCUCCAAGAGGAAGGAGAAGGAGCAGAGAGGUCUGGAGAACAUGGCCUUCAUGGGUCACAACAACGAGGUCAUUUGGUUGGAGCUGCAGGCUUGGCAUGCACGCCGCUCCACCGGUGAUCAGGACCUUUUUCUUUUUACUGCCCGCCAGGCCAUCCCUGACAUCAUCAAUGAGGUGCAGCACUUUAAGGUCAACUAUGAUAGCCUGAGAGGGGCCCAGUGUUCAGGGUCUCAAACAAUCCCGGGGGACUGUCACAGCAUCCCAGAUCUAGUCUGCGGGGUGGAGAGAGAGCCUGGUGUAGCAGAGACCAACCACUGUGGAGUAGAUCCCUGGGGCUUUAGUGCAUGUCCCUCGACUGCAUUGAAUGCAGCCGAGCCUCUGGGCUCUGGCGCUGAUUGCAGGGAACACCUUCAGCGCCAGCGGCUGGCUUUUGAGCAGGUCAAGCGGGUGAUGGAGUUGCUGGAGUCUCUGGAAGCUUUGUAUCCCUCUUUGCAGGCCCUGCAGAGGGACUAUGAAAAGUACGCAGCACGAGACUUCCAGGGCAGGGUGCAGGCGCUCUGUCUGUGGCUCAAUAUCACCCAGGACCUCAACCAGAAGCUGCGCGUAAUGGCCACUGUGCUGGGCCUCCACGAUCUAUCCCGUAUCGGGUGGCCUGUCUUUGAGAUCCCCUCACCUCGCUGCUCCCGUGGCAAUGACGAAGAAGACAAUGAGAGAGAUGAGGAGAAUGACUCCACAGCCACUUUUACAGCAGAGAGUGAAGGGGAGGACAGGGAUGCUGAGGAGGAGGGGGAAUUUGGACAUGUAGCAGAUGGAGAGUUGUCUCCCUCCCUGACUCCUAAAUUUGCCCGCUUGUUGUCAGAAGACGAGUUUCUCCCAACUGCCACUGUCGGAAGUGCAGAAGCAACAGUGGGAGGGGGAGUGUUCUGCCCCACAGCCAUCUACAGACCGUUUGUGGAUAAAGCUCUGAAACAGAUGGGACUGCGUAAACUGAUCCUCAGACUGCACAAAUUGAUGGACCGCUCUCUUCAGCGGGCCAGAGCGGCGCUGCUUCGCCACAUGCCUGCACUUGAGUUUGCAGAAUUCCCAGACCCCAUGCUAUACAGCGACUACCUGCCUGAGCUGUCACGCCACAUGUCCUGCAGUGGUGCGGCUCACCCGGAGCUCAGAGCAGACCAGGUGUCCUGGGAGGAUUUGCUGGACAUGGACCUCCCGUCUUUCCGGCCUGCGUUCCUCGUGCUGUGCAGAGUUCUCCUCAACGUCAUUCACGAAUGCCUUAAACUGCGACUUGAACAGAGACCUGCCGGAGAGCCUUCACUGCUCAGUAUCAAACAGUUGGUGCGUGAGUGUAAGGAGGUUCUUAAAGGUGGUCUCCUGAUGAAGCAGUAUUAUCAGUUCAUGCUGCGCGGUGUGGUCGCCGAUGCUCAGGGCUUACAGACCAAUGCCAAUAUUGAUGAGUUUGAAGAAGACCUUCACAAGAUGCUGAUGGUUUACUUCGACUACAUGCACAGCUGGAUCCAGAUGUUGCAGCAGCUCCCCCAGGCCUCUCACAGCUUAAAGAACCUGUUAGAGGAGGAGUGGCACUUCACCAAGGUCAUCACUCCUUAUAUCCGUGGAGGGGAGGCCCAGUCUGGGAAGUUAUUCUGUGACAUCGCUGGGAUGUUGCUAAAAUCCACCGGGGAGUUCCUCGAUGCAGGUCUGCAGAAAAGUGGUAAUGAAUUCUGGGAAAGUGCAGAUGACAGCACGGCCUCAGAUGAAAUCAGGCGGUCGGUUAUUGAGACUAGUCGAUCACUCAAAGAGCUGUUUCACGAGGCCAGGGAGCGAGCGUCCAAGGCUCUAGGCUUUGCCAAAAUGCUUCGCAAGGACUUGGAAGUCGCAGCCGAUUUCAGUAUCACCAACGGGGUGCCUUGUCUCCUCGAGGCGCUGAAGAAGAGAAACUAUGUCAAGGUUCAGAUUCCAGGUUUGGAAGAGCUGCAGGUUUUUGUCCCCUGUGGUUUGAUGGAUCAGCGGCCACUCAUCCUGCAGCUUCUCAACGCCGCUGCGGGUAGAGACUGCUCCAAGGAGCCGGAGGAGAUCGCUGAUGAUGAGGCCUACCUCCUCAUGAGUAAACACAGAACUGGGGACUCCACUGCUGAUUCUGACUGGGCUCAGUGGGAUGGAGAGUUGCUGAAACUGGUCCCCCAGAUGGAAACUGUUGACACUUUAAGUGCUAUGAAGGUGGAGAAUAUGCUCUUGAUAGUAAUGCAGUCUGCUCACCUGGUGGUCCAGCGAAAGGCCUUCCAGCAGUCCAUGGAGGAUGUGCUCACUCUUAGUCGGGAGCAAACAUCGAGCCAGCCUCUUAUUGCCAGUGCUCUGGAGGAGCUCAAGAAUGAGGCACUACAGCUAUGCAUUAAGAUCAACACCGCCAUUGACCGAGUGGAGUACAUGUUCACCACAGAGUUUGAGGCAGAGGUGGAGGAGUCUGAGUCAGCCACUCUGCAUCAGUACUACAGGGAGGCAAUGAUACAGGGCUACAAUUUUGCCUUUGAGUACCACAAGGAAGUGGUGCGCCUGAUGUCAGGGGAGUUCAGGCAGAGGAUCGGGGAGCGCUAUAUAGCUUUUGCCCGUAAAUGGAUGACCUAUGUCCUGACCAAAUGCGAGAGCGGCAGGGGCACCAAGCCCAGGUGGGCGACUCAGGGUUUUGAUUUUCUUCAGGCCAUUGAACCUGCCUUCAUAUCAGCAUUACCUGAGGAUGACUUCCUGAAUCUACAAGCUUUGAUGAAUGAAUGUAUUGGGCAUGUGAUUGGAAAACCUCACAGCCCGGUCACGGGGCUGUACAUCGCUCCCAGGAAUAGUCCUCGUCCCGUAAAAGUACCUCGUUGCCAUAGCGACCCACCAAACCCCAAUCUGUUCAUCCCCAAUGCUGAAGGGUUCAGCUCUCGAAGUCUUCCCUGCGAUCUCCGGAACCAGCUGUUCCCCAACGGCCCCCGCCCCGUCCCUCAGGGCCCGGGGGAACACAGCCACAUCAAAGCAGCAGGCGGCACCCCCAGUGACGUCAGGGGAUCCAGUUACCACGAGAAUGACCGUCUGUCAUCAGUUGCAGCCGAGUUGCAUUUCAAAUCUCUGAGCCGCCACUCCAGCCCCACAGAGGACAGAGAAGAACCCUCGUAUCCGAAGGUAGAUCCCAACAGCGCCGCCCGCCGAAGCUGGGAGCUCCGCACCUUCAUCAACCAGUCCAAAGACACGGCAGCACGGCAAAGCCCCAUGGAGGCCGUCCGUCGCUCCAUUCGCAAGUUCGAAGACAAGCGCUACGCCGUGAUGAAGCAGCGCAACAUUAUCGGCCAGGUGUGUCACACGCCCAAGUCCUACGACAACGUCAUGCACGUCGGGCUCAGGAAGGUGACCUUUAAGUGGCAGAGGGGCAACAAGAUAGGUGAGGGCCAGUAUGGGAAGGUGUACACUUGCAUCAAUGUUGACACUGGAGAGCUAAUGGCCAUGAAGGAGAUCCGGUUCCAGCCCAAUGAUCACAAAACAAUCAAGGAGACUGCGGAUGAGCUGAAAAUAUUUGAGGGCAUUAAACAUCCAAACCUUGUGCGAUACUUUGGAGUUGAGCUCCAUCGGGAGGAGAUGUACAUCUUCAUGGAGUACUGUGACGAGGGCACCCUGGAGGAGGUGUCCAGACUGGGGCUGCAGGAACACGUCAUCAGGCUCUACAGUAAACAGAUCACUACAGCCAUCAACGUCCUGCACGAACACGGCAUCGUCCACCGUGAUAUCAAGGGAGCCAACAUCUUCCUGACGUCGUCUGGUCUCAUUAAGCUGGGUGACUUUGGCUGCUCGGUUAAGUUGAGGAACAACACUCACACGAUGCCUGGGGAGGUGAACAGCACCCUGGGAACUGCAGCUUACAUGGCUCCUGAAGUCAUCACACGAGCAAAGGGUGAAGGUCAUGGGCGAGCAGCCGACAUCUGGAGUUUGGGCUGCGUCCUCAUCGAGAUGGUGACAGGAAAGAGACCCUGGCACGAGUACGAGCACAACUUCCAGAUCAUGUACAAAGUGGGCAUGGGCCAUAAACCCCCCAUCCCGGAGAAGCUGAGCACAGAGGGGAAGGACUAUCUCGGCCACUGUCUGGAGAGCGAACCCAAACGCCGCUGGACCGCCAGCAUGCUGCUCGACCACCCGUUUGUCAAGGUUUGUACAGAUGAAGAGUGAGACCUGCUCUGUGGCCUUCACGUUUACACAUUAAAGCACUACUGUACAUGCUGUCAGCAAAAGAAAAAGGAACUGUGGACUUUCGGGAAGCGCAAGUAACGGCUAAAGGCACAUGGAGCUAAACUGAGGAAGUAAUAUAAAAUCAUUUCAGAGGACAACUGGACCUAUGGAAUAUAGGGUUGUUGUGUCUUUAUGCACCCAUGGACUGUGGGGGGGGGGAUGGGGGACAGGGGUGGGACUGUACAUACUGUAAGAAUAGGAUUGGCUUUAAUUCUUGUAUAAACAAUAUUGUAAAGUUAAAGUAAUUAUUACCACGUUUGUUGUUCUCACUGGUAAAGAGACCUCUGAAAAGGCAUUGAUGAAUACCUUUUUUUUUUAUUUUAAACAAAUAUGUGUGUGUGUGGGGUGGAGGGGGCAAAUCUAUGGCACUUUUAAACUGUUUACCCAAGGGGUCAGUUGAGUAGAGGAGGGAGGAAUCUCAUGUCAGUCGCCCGGUGAGGCAGAGGAGGAUGCGGUAAACCUCACCGAACGGAAGGAGCCGCGGUUUACCUUGAUGAAAUGAGCACCAUCCAAAUAGUCCGAUUUAAUUUAUCACUCGUCGUUCUGGCGAGAGGGGGGGGGUGUCGCUAGGAAGGAUUUUAUUUUAUUACGUGUAUUUUUUCUUUGCCUUUCGCUGAGGAGUAAACGUCAAGUCGGAGCAAUGUUCAAGUCCACUGGUCACUGAUGAAGACCUGUUCAUGCGACUGGAGCGUAGCCGACAAAGAGGAGACACGGGGCCUGCUCUCCCUCCCUGCUGCUGAACACACAACUUCCACACAACCAAACAUAAGACGACGACACAACUUCUGGUCCUCUGCUGCUCUUAAAGUGUUUGCUAUGUACAAACAAUAUUAAUAAACCAAUUUGUUUUUAUAAGUGAAA